AAAGGUAAAAUCAAACAACUUAUCUCACGAUAAAACGUUCGUAAACGAAUUUAUUUAAUUUUAAGGUAUCAGAGGAGGAGAGACUGAGCAAAAUGAAAACGAAGAGGUAGGUGCUCAACUAAAAAGCAAUGAAUACCUGGAUAAUAACGAAAAAUCAGACGUAAUUAUAGAAAAUAGUAACGCUGAGCAAAGCAUUCAAAACAGCCAAGACUUAGAUCAAAACCAUAGUGAAGCUAAGCAGAGUAAUGAAAAUAAUUCUGGAACAAGCCAGAAACCUGAAGGAAGCCAAAAUAAUGAACAAGAUAUGAGUGAAGCACAAAUUACAGAGAAUAAAAACGUUGAAGAUAACAAUAGUAAAAAUGAUCCAUCAAAUGAAAGUGAAAAUGAAAAGUUUACUAAAAUUAACGAAAACAAUACACCUAAUCAUGAUGAGAAUGAAGUUCAGGCAAGGCCGUUUACAGUUGGUGACACUUUCACACCACAGGAGUUGUUGCCAAUAACACAAAAAUUAUUAUCUAAAGUUAAAAAUCCGGGAGAAGGAAAAGGCUUUGUGAGCUCUUCCGAGAAUCCUGAACAACUCGCUGAUAAGCUGUUUGAAGCGUUCUUUAUGACGUUCAAACGUAUAGUAACAUUAUCAGAAAAUGACAUUGACGGACUCGAUGCCCUACAAGCUCUCGCUCUCAGUGGCGAAGCCGUUGAUAAUACUGAGGAUGCUACUGAACCAGGAGAGAUUGUAUUGUUACGAGGUCAAAUGGUAAAAAUGAGCAGUUACCCGAAGAAGACUAAAUAUAAACUUAUUAUGAAAAGCCUUAAGGCGAAUGAAAAUAAGUUACGGACAGGGAAAAGUGGAGGAAUAAAACUUGCUCAGAAACUAAGAAAGAAGCGGCGUUUGGUGGUAAAUAAAAGAAGAGUGGGGCAAGAUGGCAAGCAGAAGCCAGCCUGUCAUUGGAGAUACGAGUGCACAUCUCCAACUGAACUUGACACGUGUCGUGUUUAUACACAGUGCUUAAACGAUACAAAAGCAACUAAAGCUGAAUAUAUCGAAGUGCCACACAAAAGCGACGAACAUUCGAAAGCAGUUCAGAAUUUUCGUAAGAUGUUAGGAAUAUCACUCAUAGACGAAGAAGUAGAAAAAAUAUUGGAAAAUCGUGUCAUUCGUCUCAAAAUACAGCCUUUAAAGGGAGGAAAGAGAAUUGAAAGGGUGGAAAGCCUCUCCGAAUAUUUUAAUAACAUUGCAAUGGUUCAAGCUAAUAAGCCAACAAACGCUUUGUUCGUUACUCCGGCUGAAGAAAGUACAGACAAUGAUAAUAAUGGAAAUGAAGAGCCCCCGCCCGUUGAUAUUGAAACUGCACCGGAAAGAAGGAAAGUUUUAAAACUUCCGAAAACUACAACACCGUAUUAAAUAUAUAUUU